UGCACCCAGUGUGCACUUAUGGAGGUCGACUGUAGAAGAUGUGAUUCGAUGGUAUAAAGAUGCACGUCUCAACUUGUUAUCACUAUCAUGUGUUGCUAAAGCCCUCGAAAAGCCAAAAAAUGAAGAGAAAGACAAUUCAAGACAAGAUUGGUACCUGAUGACAGAUAAGAAUACUGCAUUUGCUCUAGUUACUCUGUAA